AUGCAUCAGACCAUGUGUCCAUCACCAUCUCUGCUCCGUGCUAUGGUCCAAGAGCGCACCUCCAAUCUCUCCGCGGGACAGGGCCAGGAGCGCGUGGGACUGACCCAGGCGGGACACAACGCGGUCGCCGUGUGCCUCGGCUUCAUCCUGGUCACGGGAUUCCUCAGUAACUUUUUGGUGCUGAUCGUUUUUGCCAAAUUCCGAUCGCUGUGGACUCCCAUUAACCUGAUCCUGCUCAACAUCAGCCUGAGCGACGUGCUGGUGUGCGUGUUCGGGACCCCCUUCAGUUUCGCUGCCAGUGUCUGCGGCCGCUGGCUCAUCGGGGAGGACGGCUGCAAGUGGUACGGAUUCGCCAACUCUCUCUUUGGCAUCGUGUCCCUGGUGUCUCUGGCGGCGCUGUCUUACGAGCGCUACACCACCGUCCUGAGGCACUCCCUGGUGGACCUGUCGGACUUCAGAAAGGCUCGUCUCUGCAUUUUGGGUUCCUGGCUGUACUCCCUGUUCUGGACUCUGCCACCGUUUUUUGGCUGGAGCAGUUAUGGCCCCGAGGGGUCGGGCAUCACAUGUUCAGUCCAGUGGCACCAGCGCUCAGUGGCCAAUGUGUCCUAUGUGCUGUGUCUCUUCAUCUUCUGCCUGUUGCUGCCUCUGCUGCUCAUGGUGUAUUCAUAUGGACACAUCCUGUUGGCUAUUAAGCGGGUGGGUAAGAUCAACGUGCUGUCAGCUCAGCGCCGCGAGCAGCACAUCCUGUUCAUGGUGCUGUCCAUGGUGUCCUGCUACAUGCUCUGCUGGAUGCCCUACGGCGUCAUGGCCCUCGUCACCACGUUCGGGCGCUCUGGGACGGUCACCCCUGUGGCCAGUAUAGUGCCCGCAAUCCUGGCCAAGUUCAGCACCGUGGUCAACCCCCUCAUCUACAUCUUCUUCAACAAUCAGUUUUCCAGGUGUGUUGUGGCCUUCUUUAAGUGUCAAGAUGAUCCUAACUGUGCUCAGGGAGACGGACCUCCCACUCCAAAGACACACUUCUCUGUGCUGUCUCCGCUGCGCAGAGAGACCUCCCUCAGUGCUGCUCAGCUCCACAUCAGCACUCCCAAGAGCACUGUUUAUGGCACUCGCACUGAUCAUCACACUAUAGUUGUUCGCUAUACUGCAUAA